AUGGAAUUUCCUUCGUUACCAGCUUCAUUUGGUGUCAAGCUCGUCCCUGCCUUGUCAGGCGAGGGCACCAAGGCUCGAACUUUCGCUCUCUUACCUGAAGACCUCCUCAAGAUAUCGCCUAGUGUAACCGGUAUCACGCUCAAGCAACUCAAAGGGAAAUUACCUGCCAAGUCCCGAUUCUGCUACAGCCAAGGUGAAGAGGUAGAUGAUAAUCUGACUAUCGAAAGCUAUGUCAGGUACAGUAACGAUAGUAACAUCCCACCCGACAACAAGGACAGCAAAGCUACUUCAUUUGUCAAGAUUUGGUACCUCUCCCCGAGCGUGAGCCCAAAUGAGGUAAACCUGCCUAGGCCGUCCGCUGGUGAGAUCAUUCAGCCACACAACAAUAAUGAGAAUGAUUCACAGCUCAAUCAAUCGACCAUAUAUCAGCGAGGGCACCUGCAAACUCCAGAACAGCGAGGCAAGUUGAACGAACAGUCCAUUCAAGACUUAUUGCAAAAGAUAGGCGGUGAUGCUUCGCAAAUGUCCAUUGGUGAUUUCCAGACCAACGGUUUACGAAAUAUGACUUCCAAUGACUGGAGUAAGGUCGAAAGAAAUUUGGGAUAUCUGUAUGGAUAUUAUCCUUCAUCCGACAAGAAAAGAUUCUUAAAAGCAGCUUAUCCUGCUUUCAGGACUUUUAUCAAGACCGACAAGAAACCAGCCCCUGUAGUGCCUCCCCCUCCGUCUUAUGACGAGAAUGGAAAUCUUCUAUCUCCGGCAGCACCAGCUCAGGUAGAAGAGCUGAUCGACGGCUACCUUAUCGAAAGACAAACACCACUGUAUCACACCUCAGGCUUACAAGUCAAGAUCGACGUCGAAUCGUAUAGAUCUUCACAAGACAUGCAAUACGCUGUCAGUGGGUUUAACCAUCAGAAUACUCAGAUUGCAUUGGGCGUAGCAACACCUAAAGUGCAAGUCGGGUUAUCUGGAAGUCACGACAGUACAAGUGCGACUGCCACUACUGGCUCGUCUACCGAAGUUACAAACAAAAUUGUCGCUACUUGGCAAAUUCCAGUUGUUGAAAUCAUGCUCAAUACCGCAUCGACCGAAAUUCACCCGGAAUGUCAGGAUCGAAUAAGAGCCUUGAAAUCAGGAGGUACCUGUGAGAUGGCUCAGAAAUUUAUCCAAGACUACGGUACCUCCUUUUCAACCCGAAUCGUGUUAGGUGGUAAAUUGCACAGCAGUCAAGAUACCUUGUCAUCCUCCAAGGACUCGUUCUCACAGCAAGAGACCAGGAUCAAAAAAGCCGUCAAUGCAAGUAUCUCGGGUGGUCCUGCAAGUGGAAAGUUAGAUGCCAAAGGUACUGGUGGCCAUUCUAGUGAGAAGGGGAAUCAAAACUCUCAAAGUUCCUCCAAGGACGAAGAGACCGUGAAUCUGGCUUGGACCGCCUUCGGUGGAGAAUCAAUCUUUGCACAAAAUCCCAUCGCUUGGUUGCCUACAGUGGCUAAUUUCAAUAAUUGGCAAAUCAUCGAACAUACCGAAGUCAGGUCGAUCAUCUAUGCCUUUGACGGAUACAAAGGUUAUGAAGGUACUUCAGCAAUGUUAAGAGCGCUACUCAGCCCCAUCGACUUGGUUAGACCCUCUACCUUACCUUGGACAGCUGCUAUGUAUGACGCGAUCCCAGGUUUCGAUCCCUCGGUCGGCGCGAUUGGAUACUCCUUUUCCUCUGUCGACCUCUCACAACACUUCAAAACACCUCCAUUCAAAGUGAAAGCCUCUAAAGUCAUCCAUGAGGGAUCGCUCAAUCAAACUGAUCAAGAGGAUCUCAAGCUCAGCUGGACGCUACUGAAGGAUGUCGGCGGGGUCAAGGAAUACGUUAUAAAGGAGUUGUCAAGCUCAGAGACGGAAAAUGGUGUCAGACCACUUUCGGAUCAUCUCCUUUAUUUGGAUGUUUCGGAAAGAUCGUUCACGAUCGUGUUACAAGUCAGAUCCCCCGAGCUUGUCACUAGCGUUGAUCCCAAAGAGAUGGACUGGACCAAAGAAGCGUUAGAGUUGGUGAAGCUCAGUGAGAGUAAGGAGGAAAACAGACGAUUAUUCAACGACAAAUAUGGUGAUAGAUUCAUUACUGGUUGGGCAAGACAGCGAAUCAUCCACGCCAACUUCCAAAUGUCCUUCAAUCGACUCGAUGAUUUCGACACUGCUAUCAGAAAGUUCAACGAAGCCAAGCUCAGUGAGAAGAGGGUGUCAAGUGGUCUUACUUGGAUUAAAGAAAUGAUAUCCAGAUCGGGUGUACAAACGAAUGUAGUUAUCUGCAAGAGUGAUUGGAAAUCCAAAGGGUUCGAAGUAAAACAUUUCGAUCGGGUAGAUAAUCAUCGAUGGAAUCAGGUAUUCGAGGAGAUCUACAAUAUCUCUUCGGCAGAUCCAAUACCAACCAAGACUUUCAGCCACUCUUUCGUCGAAUCGUUUCCCAACUUGGAGUUUCCGAAGCAAUUUACGUUUACCAACGUCGAUUCGGACAACACGGAGAAGAAGAGAAAGAAGUUGAUCAAUUUCUUUGCUGAAAUUUCAUCUCAAUCGAGUUUACCUAUUCUAAGGUAUGGCUCAUCGAAGAAGAGAGAACUGAAAGAUAACCUGGGGAAGAUCAUCCAAAAGAUCAAAUCAGCCGAACAAGGAAUGAAAGGUAUCGGAUAUACUGAAUCGCAAGUUAACGAGAUCAACGCGAUGAUAAUCAAAGCGAACCAAGACCUCCUAGUCCAAUUUGCAGCCUGUCAUUGGAUUAGGAAAUCCAAACAGUGCGAGAUCAGCCUCUGGAAGAACGGUUUGAACUGGAUCAUCCGAUAUGCCACCCACAGGUUCACAUCGGACUUUUGUCCUAACGAAGCGGACCGAGAGAAGUUCGGUAACGAUGCUGUCAACACCAUCAAUCAACUUUGUAGGAAACCAGCGGAAACGCCAAGAGCUGAUUACGAAUGGAGUGUCUUUUCGGUACCUGACAGAUUUGUGAACGUUACCGCCAAUCCACCUUUCUCCAACUACAAACUUGUGUAUUGGAGGAUGACAAGUUAUAAUGGUGGAUCGAUGGGUGGUGGUAAAUGGUGGCCUUACUGCUCGUGGAAACAAGUCUUGAAUUUACUCUCUUGCCACUGGGAGGAAGAAAGCGACCUUUUUAUCUGGAAUAGAAGUCCAACGAUGCGAGUCGAAAGACAAGACCUCUUUUCUUAUCAUUGGGGGUUGGAGACUUGGUGGCUUUCUGAUGAUGAAUUUCCAUUCGAUGAGGACAUGUUGUGGGAUUUCGAAAUUAGUGGUUAUAGUCAUAGGAAGGGGAAAAUUGCUUUUACCGAUUGA